ACACACACACACACACACACACACAGUCAUAGAUUUAAAGUACACAUUUACAGACAGAAACCUUACACCUAUCUCCCUGCCUGUCUGCCUCCCUGUCUCUCUCCCGAUCUGUCUGUCUCCCGAUCUGUCUGUCUCCCUGUCUGUCUGUCUCCCUGUCUGUCUGCCUGCCUGUCUGUCUGCCUGUCUGUCUCUCAGGCUCUGCAGAGAGCAUGUGUUGUCCUCCAGGUUGGGAUGAGUUUGGUUCCAGCUGCUACUUCUUCAGCCGUGAGUCUCGGUCCUGGAACGAGUCCAGAGUCUGGUGUGAGAAACGCAACGCUCACCUGCUCAUACUGCAGGACGACAAGACCUGGAACUUUGUGACUCGUCGUACGGUUCCCCUGAUGUACUGGGUGGGUCUGUCUGACUGGAGAACCGGCCGCUGGGAGUGGAUCAACCAGACACCGUACACCAUGGAGCGCAGGCGCUGGGUGCCCGGUCAGCCUGACAGCUGGACCGAUCACGGUCUCGGCCCCGGAGACGAAGACUGCGCUCACCUGCAUAAUACAGGACGCCUCAACGACCUCCACUGCUCCAUCGCCAUGCGCUACAUCUGCCAGAAACACGGCACGCAGGCCUGAACAACAUCUGGAACCCAAACACCAACAAGCCAUUACAACAUUUCUCAUCGAUCGGAAAUGCAACAUCAAAGUCAAAAUAUUUUAAUUAAAAAAAAAAUCAGGAAAGGCAAUCGGGAUAUUUCAUUUAAAAAAUGAGAAAUAUUUCAAGAACAAAACUAAGAAAUAUUAAUAAUACAAAUAAUAAAAUACAAAGUUCAUUGUAAACUUAAAAAAAAAUGAAAACAGAUGUGUCUCAAUCUGUACAAACAGAGAAUAUUGUUUUUGGGGAAUAAAGCUUGAUUGUGCAA